CUUGAAUCCCACCUCCUGCCGUAGCACUGCUGAGCAAGACACCGGUACAUGGAUGAGGUUCUGCUGGCCAUCUCCCUCUAAACUCUGGCCCACGCCGUGUGUGGAAUCGUCCCCCCACACCAUCCAUUCAUCUCGCUAACUGGUUUCCAGAAUCAGGGAUGUGAGGGGGGCGGACAAACCGUGUGAAGAAACCAGGCUAUAUCAGAAAGGAACAGCAUCACUUGUAAUGACGAGGCCGAAGUCUGACCCUGGACAUGCCGAAAAGAAGAGACAUCCUUGCCAUCGUGUUGAUCGUAUUGCCCUGGACGUUGCUCAUCACUGUUUGGCACCAAAGCGCCAUUGCCCCUUUGCUUGCCAUCAGAAAGGCCUGUCACCACCUAGUAAAAGAGAUCUUUAUCAUUCCAGAGAGGCUUGCAGUUCGUCGCCACCGGCUUGCAGAUGACAGGGCCGAGGGCCGGCGUGAGGCUGGCCAGGGUGCCGACUCCAAGGAGUAUUGUUCCUCGGAUAAGGACAUCGUGGAGGUGGUUCGGACGGAGUACGUUUACACGAGGCCGCCACCCUGGUCCGACGUGCUGCCCACUAUCCACGUUGUCACACCCACCUACAGUCGGCCCGUGCAGAAGGCAGAGUUGACACGGCUGGCCAACACCUUCCUACACGUGCCCAACCUCCACUGGAUCCUGGUAGAGGACGCGCAGCGACGAACCCCUCUGGUCAGUCGUCUGCUCCGCGAGACGGGCCUUAACUACACUCACCUCAAUGUGGAGACGCCGCGCAACUACAAGCUGCGGGGCGAUGCCCGAGACCCACGCAUCCCACGUGGAACCAUGCAGAGGAACCUGGCCUUGCGCUGGCUUCGGGAGACCUUCAGUCCCAACAGCACGCAGCCAGGCAUCGUCUACUUUGCCGAUGAUGACAACACCUACAGCCUUGAGCUCUUUGAGGAGAUGCGGUCGACCCGGAAGGUGUCAGUGUGGCCCGUGGCCUUUGUGGGAGGCCUGCGUUAUGAGUCACCCAAAGUCAAUGCAGCUGGCAAGGUGUAUGGCUGGAAGACGGUAUUCGACCCGCACCGGCCUUUUGCCAUUGACAUGGCUGGCUUCGCAGUCAACCUACGGCUCAUCCUCUUCAAGCCUCAGGCCUAUUUUAAACUGCGUGGCGUCAAGGGAGGAUAUCAGGAGAGCAGCCUUCUCCGGGAGCUGGUCACGCUCAACGACCUGGAGCCCAAAGCGGCUAAUUGCACUAAGAUCCUCGUAUGGCACACUAGGACAGAAAAGCCUGUUUUAGUCAAUGAAGGGAAGAAAGGAUUCACAGACCCCAAUGUGGAGAUUUGAUGCCUGUCUUUUUAAUGCUGCCUGUGUUUGUCAGAUACAAAGUAAAGACUGAGCAGCCUGACUAGUGAUGUGACUGAAGCCCUUGAUGUCCUUAUUUCAUGAAGCCAGAAAUCAAUAUGAAAAAAAGAAGGAAAACAAGAGCCUUACAGUUGGGGAUUUAGGUUGUUGUUUCCUCCAUGCCAUGCUAGCCAUUUGUGGCAUUGAGGUCCAGGGAGCACAACCUGGCCUGUGGGACCCCUGGCUGGUGAUUACACUAUCCUCAGAUCGCUCACAGUGACACCUACAAUCAGCUGGGUGCCUACAGACCUGUGGGUGGAACUGGAUCAACAGAGUGUUGUAUCACCCGAUGAAGCCUACUACCUACAGAAUGAAAAGAGGCAGUUGAGUCAAAAGAAAAAUGGUGCUUGUGGUGAUGUUACGCAAGGUAACAGUGUCUGAAAGUCAUUCUGUCGCAAGGUUUUGCAGAAACGUAGUGCUAGAAAACAUCAUGGGCAAAAUAAUUAUUCAGAGAAAAAUCCUUAUUGGCACAUUAAAUGAAAACCAUUAUUAGACAUCUCUGUCAAAGAAUUUUAUGCAUAUUGUUGCAAAUACUAUCCCUUAAUUUUUGCUUUUUCCCAGCUCCUGAGGAGAUCACCUGACAGUUGCUGAGAGGACUGUGCAGGACUGAUGACACAGCACUUUUGCUUCAGCAAAAUCUUCAAAAGUUUUUUGAAAGGAAAUGUUGUUGACUGAAAAUAACAAACCCUUUCAGUAACAGGAAGAAAGCAUUACAAUAUACAAGAUAUUAAAGCACAGAUUGAUACAAGAUGGCAAUAUUAAUCUAUUUUAAUCAAAACAAUAAUAAUAAUUGUAAGAUGCAAGAGUCACCCACCAAGAGCCAAGGGCCAAGUAUGAUUCUGUAUCUGCAUGUCACUACACUCCGGUGGCCAUGUUGUCCAAUCGGAAGACGCGGUAUUGUGUUGCCAAGGUCGCUGGGUCAGCCAAUGAAGAGGCCUGGUGCUGACUUUAGAACACAAUAGUAAAAGAACUGUCUCCUCAUUGGUUAGUUGAGCUUGGUUGCUUAGCUCUCUGGUCCCUAACUGGAGUAAAAUUCAGCAAAAAGUUGCUUUCAAUUAUUUAUCUACAUCGUCUAAAAAACACACAGUAGUUUAACUCCUCAACACCCAGCACAAAAAACAGGAAUCAAACAUCCUUCAGCCUAUGUCUGUUUUUUGCUGCAAAAUCCCAACCCUAAAAAAUGGAAUGUCUUGUUUUUACAUACCUCUUUUUUAACAUUAUGCCUGCUUUUAAUUUAAUUUUCUAGAUGUUUACAUGCGUUUUAUUGCUAGUCUGAUGCUACUGACGUCUUUCUGUAUUAAGAACCCAGGUCUUGCAAGAUGUUACUAUUAUUCUUUUUUUUGAGAAUUGCCAACAAGUGUGUACAGCAGCAGCUAACCCCAUACACUUGUUCCCUUUGCCAACGAGCAGAUGCCACCGCAAACCAUUUUCCCCAACUGAAGCACCACAUAACACCUGAACUCAGUGUUUACUUUUACUAAUAUUGAUAUUAAAUAGACACAAGUGUAAAUAAUAACAGUAUGACCGAAGAACAAUCAAAUGCUACAAUGUGAAUAUAUACAUUAUAGUAUAUAUCGUAUAAUUAUACUAUAAUGUGUAUACUAUUGUAUUUAUGUAAAUGUAAAAUGACUUUAAUAAGAAAUUACUUCAAAUACCACCCAAAUGUCUCAGUAAAUGAAACAGGGGCAUCUGUAAAUGAUGUCUCUCCAUGAACGACUAUUUUCCAUCCCCCAAAGUGCACCCACUCUGGCUCUUAUCUUUGUCUAUUGGAACAUUAUGAGCAUUUUGGCCUAGGUAAUUUGGUCCUUCCACUGACAAGCACUGAAAUCCGCAGAAUUGCACUGUCACUCGCAUAUCUUAGAUCUGCCAAGCUGUGGGUCAACGGACGUUGAUGUCAAAGUCUUAACGCUCUCAUUCAUCUGUCUGUGUUUCUGUUCCUUCUGUUUGAAGAAGGCAUAUUUCGUUUCUCACAUCGCAAGAAUUUGCUAUGAAAGCAAGAGUGUCAAGAAUGGCAGCCAAACACAGACUGCGCCACUACCAUACAGUAUCUUUAUAUAAUCAGUUUUCUAUAUUCAGGUUCGGGGAUUCUUUCACUUCAGGGGCACUCGUCAGUUCUUUUACACACUUUCUGACCAUUCUUGACUCUAAUAUGUGGGAGAAAUAACAAGGAAAGCACAAAGUAAUAAUAAAAAAUAAUGUUCAAGUCAAUUACCCUCAAUGCUACUUCAGUGAUUUGGAAAUUUCUCUUCACAGCUAUACAUCUGAUGUAUUAAGUUUGCAUGUCUUUCUUAAAGUCUCCGUGAGGGUUUUGCCAAUGUGCUGCAGUUUUACAGAAUACAAUGUUAUGCAGCAAGCUGUAAGUGCUAAAAAUAUUAAUAUUUUAGGAAUAUGGUAAAAUCCUGCAAUGUUAGAACAAAAGGAUUUAACAUUUCAAUAUGCAACUAGUGUCUUUCUAUUAAGAGGGGGAGGAAGUUAUCUUGAUUAAUGUUGUAAUAAGUUGUUCAUUUAAAAAUAUAUUCCAUAUUAAAAGAAACAUACGUACAUAAUUCCCUACACUGGAAAUGUAUGUCAAUGUAUGUCAUUUUAGGGAUUAGAUAAUGGUUAAUUUACAGUAAUGGAAUCAUUCUUCUGGUUAAUGUUAUUUUGGUACCCCUUAUUCCAUUUCGGUCCUUUACCUUAUUUUGGAUAGAGUUGGGACUAAAAUAAAAUUCUUCCUCUCUCUUUCCAUUCCCACUUCUGCAUGUUACAGAUCCUUUCCUCUUCAGUAAAUAGGAGUGUCAACAGCUCUUGACAUGAAACAGGUUUUUAAUUACUCAGACUCUUCACCUGUGUGCAGGUGACCUAUCCCCACCCACCCACUUGGGCCAUCCCUUGAUCAUGCAGCCAACCUUUGUUUCAUUUCAUUAUACUGAGACACCGCCCACAUGCUUUCACCUCCUGGUUGGCCUCAGCCUGCAGAACUUGCAACUGACCUGUCAGCUACGGAUGGAUUCACUCCGAAACCAUCAAGUUCCAUAUGCUAGAUAUCAAGAGUGGGUCUCUAUUUUCCAUCAUGUGCUUUUCGCAGCGAGAAAUGUGAAAAACGGAAAGUGCCGACAGCAGCAGGGCAAAGAGGCCCAUCACUCUGUGGACAAAGACCAAUUCAGAAACAACGGGUGUCUAUCAGGAUUCAUAAAACGCAGCUGAAUGAUUCACAGUGGUUAAACACUUCCAGCUCAGUAGUGAUGGUACUUCAGCCUGUUCUGAGCAAGCAUCAAAGCCACAGGUCUCUUCAGCUGAAGCAGAUCCAAAGUAAUUGGACAUAACCAAACAAAUUUAAUUGACAGACACAAGUUGUUAGACCUGCUUGCUUCAGAUCUGAAAGUCAAAGGUUUGAAUCCCUCCUACUGCUGUAUUCCCCUUGAAUGAGCUACUUACCCUAAAUUGAUCUAGUAGUAAUAACCCAGCUAUAUCUAUAUGUAAGAAAAUUUAAGUAGCUUAGCAUUUAGCUGUUGCUUUGGACAAAAGCUUUAGCUAAAUGAAUACAUUUAAAGGUAAGCACCAAAAAGCCACUCAUGCCUAAGGGUUUUCUUGAGG